UGACGUCACCCCGCGCGCCUCGGCUUUCUUCUGAGGUGAGAAGCAGUUGACGAUGUGUAUCCCUCGGUGUGUUUGUGCUUCUCAGUCUCUGACUGAUGAAUGAAUGAACGCUGGAGUGUUUUCAUCUCCUGAAGAUCACACAGAGAUCAUGAAUGAAGCAGAAGCAGAGUCCUGCAGGAUCAAGCAGGAGGUCAAAGAAGAAAAGAUAGACCUGGUGGAAGGGAUCAAGGAGAUAGAAGAAGUGAUUGAAGCGAAGAAACAUCAUGACAUUGAAACUGAUGAAACAUCCUUGAGUCCCUCGUGGGAAACAAGACCCGAAAUAUGUUUAAUUUGCCCUCAGUGUGGAGAGAUUUUCACAUCCGAAGAAAGUCUUAAUCUUCACAUAAAAUGUAAAAGUGUAAUGAAGCCGUAUGCAUGUGAUCUCUGCCAGAAGACUUUCAGUCAAAAAGCAAACCUUGCCACACACAAGAAAAUCCACACUGACGAGAAGCCACAUGCUUGUGAUUUCUGCGAGAAGACUUUCAAUAAAAAAGCAAACCUUGCCAGACACAAGAAAAUCCACACUGACGAGAAGCCAUACUCAUGUGAUCAUUGCGGGAAGAAGUUCAGAAAUAAAGGAAACCUCAAUACACACAUGAGAAUCCAUGCUGGAGAGAGUGAAGAUAAACUGCACACAUGUAGUCAGUGUGGAAAGAGAUUCAGACAAAAACACCGCCUUGAUCAACACAUGAGAAUCCACACUGGAGAGAAACCGCACUCGUGUGAUCACUGUGGGAAGAAGUUCAGAAAUAAAGGAAACCUGAAUAUUCACAUGAAAAUCCACACCGGAGAGAUGCCGUACACGUGUGAUCAGUGCGGGAGGAAGUUCAGACAUAAAGGAAACCUCAAUGCACACAUGAUAAUCCACGCUGUAGAGGGUGAAGACAAACCGCACACAUGCAGUCAGUGUGGAAAGAGUUUCAGACAAAAACACAGACUCGAUCAACACAUGAGAAUCCACACUGGAGAGAAACCGCACUCGUGUGAUCACUGCGGGAAGAAGUUCACACGAAAACAGCAACUUAAUGAUCACAUUAAGAUCCACACAGGAGAAAACCUGCACACCUGUGAACAGUGCGGGAAGAGUUUCAGGAAGUCCAGUGUUUUCAAAGUACAUCUGCUCCAUCAUUCUAGAGACCGGAUCUAUAACUGCGACCAGUGCAGUAAAAGGUUUUUUAGGCCAGAUAACCUGAGGGACCACAUGAAAACACAUUCAGAGGAGAGGCCUUACGUGUGUUAUUUGUGUACGAAGAGCUUUAGACAUCUGAAUUGUUUAAAAAUACACCAGAAACGACACAGCGGUGUGAAGGAUCAUACUUGCUCUGAGUGCGGAAAGAGUUUUUAUGACCUUUAUGCUCUGAAACAGCACCAGACCGUUCACACCGGAGAAAAACCUUACCAGUGUUCACACUGUGACAAGAGAUUCAGUAUUUUAGGAAACCUGAAAAGACAUGAGAGUGUUCACACUAGCUAGAAGCCCUAUCACUGCUAGUCCUGUGAAGAAUUUCAUCCGACUAUCUUCUCUACUUAGUCAUACGAAUAAGACAUGUUCAGAUCUGGUGCUUGGGUGUGUGUGUGUGUGUGUAUAUGCAUGUGUGCGUGUGUGUGUGCGCGCGCAUGGCUUCAGGAGAGCGACCCUACAUUUGUGUUGUUUUAUUUUCUUUCUUUUAUAUUCAUUAGGGUGACCACCCAUCCUGCGUUGCGCGUGCGCGCACAGCGUUUGAAGCCCAAUUCAUGCAUCCCACAAAUUGAGACUGUCAUGCAUAAUCAAUGCUUGCUUAAAAAAAGUUGGUCGCUCUAUAUUCUUGAGCCCCACGCAGCCGAACGAACAUUACUUGACAGUUCAGCACCAAUGGCGGCUCCUGCCAGUUCUCUCAGGGGGGGCACAUGUUUGCUCGAUUAAUGAGGAUAGUUCACCCAUUCAAUUGAUAAAUUAACAGCUAGUUAAAGAUGUAAAGGGAACUGAACUACGAUAGUAUUAAUUAAAAAUAAACUGGCAUUAGGAAUCAAUCUUUUGCUCUCCUUAUGUUUUUAUGUGCAUGUUAACAGCAGCAGCAAAUAAAGACUGACGCCAGGACGUGGGUUUCCAAAAAAAAAAACGUUUUACUUUGAUUUCAGUUUAAUAAGAAAUAAUUGAAGUCACAUAAAUCACUGUUUACACAACUCGCUUAUAUUACACUGCUCAUUUAUAUCACAUUCCUCACUUAUAUUACACUGCUCCCUACUAUCCAUAUGCAUCUUUACUCUUUCGUGUUUUUUCACCUUCUCCGAAAGAUGAUGCAUUUCGGUGACACCUGUAGUUGUCCAUGCGAUGUCCAUCAUGAUCUUGCAAUGUAACAAAAUGCAGCUGUAAAUUAGCAGAAUAAAGCGUCAGCUACUUCGCAGCCUAUUAGCCUUUUUCUCUGCUCAUACUACUUCCUCGAAAAUACUUGUUUAUACGACCCUUUGUAGAUACUUGUUUGAUGUUUAAAUUUGGUCUUGGUUGUCCUAAUUCUUUACAUGCCUAUUUAUCCUUAUCGCUGUAACGAACGAAUGGUAUUUCUUUCAGUGACACGAUAGAAUUAAUCUACUCUGAGGUAACGUUCAGCGUGAUGUUUAUCAAGUUCAUCUGACAACUGAAUUUGCAUAGCUGUCCCCGUCUCUCUGUUUUUUUUUCUUCACAUUUAAUAAAGAUAUUAAAAUAGUUUUUUAUUUUUUCCUUGUUAAAAUUAAAAAUAGUUUUUAAAUAUUAUUGGAUGUCACUUCCCACCAGUAGCUGCACAAGUUAAGGUGACGCACGAUGACGAAAGCACGUUAGGGCGAGGCCCCCCGGAAUUCUUUGAGAUUGCAUUGCAGUGGCUGCAGUUCGAAAGAAAAGAUCUUUUGAAUGGAAGUCUAUGAGAGCACUCACAGUUUGACAGAUAUUCACAGUUUGACAGAAAUCGCCCAAAAAGAGGCGGUACUACACAGAACGCAACUCGACGCUGAUUUGACUAUUUAGAGGCAGCAAAAACAGUCUAGAACAGUGAAAGCUAGCGUAACACUGUGGUUGAAUGUAAAAGAAAAAAAAUCCCUCCCUUUCCUUUGGUGGUGCGUCGCCCAAUCGCCCUAAUGGAGAAACCGCCACUGUUCAGCAUGCUACUGUUGCCAUACCCACCCCUCGGUUAAACUGCUGACUAGGUUGUUGUCAACUUUUUCGUUGUUGUCAUGACAGCGUAAACACGUGCAUACCAGACACUCUGGAAAGGAACUUUUAGAUGCACGCUUUCCAAUUCGAAAAAUGGAGAAAGAGACUCUGAGGCACCGCCAUCAUCAAUAAAAAAAAAAAAAGGUGUGUCCUGUUUCAAACUGUUUUUUUUUUUCUUUAGCACCUGUCUUUACGAACAUGCAAGCUCACGAUCCUUCCUCCCCCUUCUCGUUCCAUGAACCUCUGGAGUUGUGAGUUUUGACAACUACAAUUCAUUUUAAUCCUAUAAUUUUAUAUUAUAAUGUAUUUAAAGUAAAAAAUUUUAAUGGAAAAUAAAUAAAAUUAAAAAGCUAAAGUAAAUCAUAAGUGGAAGUGCAUCUUGUUUGGUAGAUUCCCAAGUUAGGAAUGGGGUCCCCCAAUCACAAUAUUCCCAAUCGUGUCUCACUGGGUAACUGUGAUAAUGAACCGGGAAAAAUUGAGAUCGAUUUUGAUGAUUUACUUGUUGAAGGCUAGGGGUGCUCCGCUGAUCGGCCGAUCGUUAUGCGCAUCUCGUCAGUAAAGCUGGUUAUCUAAUCAGCCGUUAAUUCCAUCAGGUGCGUGAUUUCACAUAGAGCACA